UAUCUUCUUCCUCUCUCUAUUUUUUACUCAACUGAAAUUUGGAUAAUGUCUUCACUGAUUUCACCACCACCUUCAUUUCUCAACAUUCAUUUACGCGAAACUCGCUUCUUCUCCACUCCCUUGUUUCUACUUCCACCAAGGAGCAUCGAAUUCAAACACAAACACAAAUUAAAAUGGAAAACGGUAGAGUGCAGAGUAACGAACUUAAACACGUCACCGUCAACGGCGUUAACAAAGGAACCUCACAAAUUCUUCGACCACGUAAUCAUAACCGUUCGUGGAGGAGACGGAGGUCACGGAGCGAUACUGAAUCAGAAACCGAAAAAGGAAGUUGAAAAAGGAAAAUCGAAUAGUAAUAAUAACAAUAAUAAGAAGAAAAGUUCGUUGAAGCGAGAUUUCGAUGGUUCUCUUAUACUACCAAUGGGUGGACAUGGUGGUGAUGUUGUUAUAUAUGCAGAUGAGAGUAAAGACACGUUGUUAGAGUUUCAUAAUAAGAACCGAUUUAACGCUAAACGUGGUGGCAAUGUUGAUGCAGUUGGUGUAUUCACUUCUUACUUGCGGAAUGGAAUUUCUGCUCCUAUUGUUCGUAUUCCUGUUCCUUUAGGUACAGUUGUGAAAAGCAAACGGGGAAAGAUGUUGGCGGAUUUAGCACGACCUGGUGAUGAAGUUCUUGUUGCGAGGGGUGGACAAGGAGGGAUUAGCUUGUUAGAAAUGCCAAGGGAUAAAAAGAAAAGGAUGAUGAGUUUGAUGACUAAUGUGAUGAGAGAUGACUCGGAUAAGGUUUUAGUUCACGGUCAACCUGGGGAGGAAGUUAAGCUGGAGUUGAUCCUACGAGUUGUAGCUGACGUUGGUUUGAUUGGACUUCCAAAUGCUGGGAAAUCGACGCUUCUGGCAGCCAUUACACUCGCAAAACCUGACAUAGCUGAUUAUCCUUUUACAACAUUAAUGCCAAAUCUUGGACGCCUUCCUGGCGAUCCCAACUUGGGAGCAGGGAUGUAUUCGUCUGAAGCGACACUGGCAGAUUUGCCUGGUCUUAUAGAAGGUGCUCACUUGGGAAAGGGUCUCGGUCGCAAUUUUUUGAGGCACCUUAGGAGGACCCGGCUAUUGGUCCAUGUUGUUGAUGCAGCUACUGAAAAUCCUAUAAAUGACUACAGAACUGUCAGAGAAGAGUUGCGCAUGUAUAAUCCCGAGUACCUUGAACGACCGUACAUUGUUGUUUUGAAUAAGAUUGACCUGCCAGAGGCUAAGGAUAGGCUUCCAACAUUGACUCAAGAAAUUCUGAGGAUUGGAAGUGAUGGUGGUGCUUCUGAACCAGAACCAGGUUCUGAAAUUUCUGCUCAAUUAUUGUCUGAUGAAAGCGGCAGAAAGGAAACACAACUUGAAGACUAUCCAAGACCUCACUCUGUUGUUGGAGUUAGUGUUCUGAAGGGUGUCAGGAUUAAGGAGAUGUUAAAGGAGAUAAGGUCCGCUUUAAGGCUGUGCUUAGAUUCUAAUGUAACAUCGGCUUCCAGUGUGCCACCGUGAGAUUUGCGUUCUAUGCUUUUUCAAACACUAGCAGUUAAUGAGGUUUUCUAGCAAAGACUACACAUAGAUUUGUUCUGGUAUUAAUUUGGCUUUUAUCAGAGAACAGAGAUGAAGAUAAUUACCGGUUGGUUUUAGAGAAAACACUACUGCGAUGUGAGAUGCUGGAAAUUUUUUGAGGUGAUAGUUCAAAUUCCUGGUCCUUGUAUAUUGUUGCAAGCUAGAUUGGCAAAUUGAUAUGUAAAUUAGAUCUUUUGUAGUAGAAUCUUAAAAUGUUUAUGUAACAUCCACAACAAGAUAUAUAUACUAAAGAAUCAUUUAUAUGUUAGGUCCAUUCCCAUGUUGGCAUGGUAUACAAGAUAUAUUUGUCAAAAAAAUAUUGAAUCAUGCACACUUAGGCCUAGUUAGUCUGUCUUGCUUGUCUUCAUUUUCUCCAAAUUAUUUAGCUUUUGGAUACCAGUAAUUCCAUGAAUUGUAAGUGACGCAUAUUUAUAAUCGAUACGUGUGAUGUGAAUUGUUAA